UCUGUCAACAGCGCCACCACGCAUCCAAAGAAUGCUGUUAGCAGUACAGAAGUAUGACAUAAAAGUUGUGCAUAAACCUGGCACAAGCAAAGAAAUGAUAAUAGCUGAUACGCUAUCAAGAGCAUACCUGCCAACAGAACAAACUGGAGAUGACAAAAAUGAAAUAGAAAUGCAGGUACACAUGCUAGUCUCUAACCUACCAAUAAGUGACGUAAAACGUUGUGAGUUCAGAGAAACAACAAAGAAAGACAAAACACUACAGAUGGUCACAACCACAGUGUUGGUUGGCCAGACACAAAACAGGAAGUGCCUGAUGAGAUAAAACCAUAUUGGGACUUUAGAGAAGAAAUCCAUGUCGCUGAAGAGUUACUGUUACAAAUUAAUCGUUCCUAAGGCACUGCAGCAAGAAAUGCUGAACAAGAUACACAGUAGUCACUUGGGCAUAAACAAGUGCAAAGCUAGGGCACGAGAUACUCUAUAUUGGCCAGGGAUGUCAAAACAAAUAGAAGACAUGUGCAGCAGGUGUGCAAUCUGUCUAGAACACAGAAAAUCAAACAUGAAAGAACCAAUGAUUCCGCACACGACCCCAGAACGUGCAUGGUCCAAAGUUGGAACCGAUCUAUUUUAUCUGGGUUCAAGAACAUAUUUGAUAGUAGUGGACUACUAUUCGAAAUUUCCGGAAAUAAUGUUGCUAGAUGACACUACCAGCAAAGGUGUCAUAACUGUACUAAAGAGCAUAUUUGCUCGUCACGGAAUUCCAGAUCAUGUGAUCUCAGAUGGAGGACCGCAGUACAGUAGCAAUGCGUUCAGGGAAUUUGCACAUACAUGGCAAUUCAAUCAUGUGAAGUCUAGCCCUGGGUAUGCACAGUCCAAUGGAAUGGCAGAAAGAACCAUUCAAACCGUGAAACAAAUGCUAAAGAAAGCAAACAAAAGCAACCAAGAUCCAUAUCUAAGUCUAUUGGAGUACAGAAACACACCCAUAGAUCAACACCUUGGGUCACCAUGUCAGUUGCUUAUGAGUAGGAGAACAAGGAGCAUUCUACCUACACAUGCCAAACUGUUGCAACCAAAAGUUCAGACUGAUAUCCAACAACAACUGAUCAAUAGGCAAACAGUACAAAAAAUGUACCAUGACAGAAACUCCAGCAAACUACCAAAUCUGAACAUAGGUGAUACUGUCAGAGUACAACAAAAAGAUGGAACUUGGAAACCAGCUGUUGUGACACAGAAAACACAAGAACCUAGAUCGUACAUUGUGAGAACACCCAUGGGAGAACUAAGAAGAAACAGAAAACAUCUUCUUAAAACCAAAGAAGAUCCUCCCAAUCUAGAACCGCCAGACCUAGAUCAUGUGUCACACAAAAGAUCACAACAGCUGGACAAAAAUCCCCAAACAGUUGUACAACAGAGCAGGAGUGGUAGAAUGAUCAGACAACCAAGAAGAUAUGUCGAAGAAUGCUAAGAAAUAAGUAAACAUGUAAACCAGACUUGUCUACUAUGUAAAACCAGAGUUAACAUUUCGGGCAACAACAAAGUUGAUUUCAAGGUAACUGUUAGUGAGUACACAGCUUUGAGAAAUUUAUAAAAGUUAAAUGUUAAGAUAAAUCAAUUGAAAAUUGAGUUGUCAUUUAAGAGAAAUGUUAAAAUCUAAAUUAAAGUUGCAGUAAGGAGAAUCAACAGUAUGGUACUACAAUAGCCAGUUGUUUAAAUGCAUAAAAAAUUGUUUAUUAUGAUUGUUGAAAUUUAAAGUGUUUGAAAUUAGAAACUUGUUAAAGACACUAGAUAUUUUAACAGCACAUCCAAGGACAGGGAGAGUCAAAAAUGUAAUUUUAUUUACUUAAACAGUAGUUUCAAUGUUAACACUAUUCUGUAAAAGGGGGAUGUCAUGUAUUCAACUACAUGUACUAUUGAAUACUAUAAGUAUACAGUUUUGUUAUAGCGCCCUCAUGUGAAUGUUAAUGUGAUUACAGAUUGAUCAAUAAAUCGACACAGUUUGAUACACAAACAUGGCGGGUCUCUGAAGCACAU